CCAAGGACUGCUGUCAACUGAGAAGAAAAAGUUGAGGCAUAGGGGUGGUAAAUGAAGUUGUAGUGACAGUUUAACUGAACACAGUCAGAUGAUGGAGUGAGAGCACAGAGGGAUUCUCCUCCAUGAGGAAGACUUGAGCGUGAGCCAUCGCUUCUGAGCCUCUUAGCUUAAUUGACUAAAUUGAAUGAGUCACUGCUUUGUGGCUUAGUCUUACAGCAUUAUGUGACAUGUGCUAAAUCUAUGAUUAAUAUGCUUUGAGAAGUGUCCUGCACCACAGUAAACAGGUACUCAAGUAAAGACAUGUUUAUGCAUGUGUACGCUCUCUGGUGCCUUUUUUCCUCCUCCGGAUCCAUCACUAACAAAGGUGUCCCAUGCUUUUGUUUUCCAGUGAUUCACUGUAGGUGUUCCAGGUGUUUUUCUUUCCCUUCAAAGCGAAGGAUAAGAAAACGGCCCCGAGUUUUGACGCUAUUAAGUCUGCCUGAGGACGUUCUUUUUCAUGUUCUGAAAGGCCUUCCUGCUGAGGACAUCCUCUCCGUCAGAGCCGUGCACUCACAUCUUAAAUACCUUGUGGAUAAUCACGCAAGUGUUUGGGCAUGUGCAAGUUUCCAAGAAAUAUGGCCUUCUCCGAACAAUCUGAAGAUGUUUGAAAGGGCUGCUGAAAGGGGUAACUUUGAGGCUGCGGUGAAGCUGGGCAUUGCCUACCUGUACAACGAAGGCUUGUCCAUCUCUGACGAGGGUCGUGCAGAAGUGAAUGGAUUAAAGGCAUCUCAUUUCUUCAGUCUGGCAGAGCGCUUGAAUGCGUGCGCAGCCCCGUUUAUCUGGCUUUUUAUCCGUCCUCCCUGGUCCUUGAGUGGAAGCUGCUGUAAAGCUGUGGUCUAUGAGAGUCUCAAAGCAGAGUGUCAGCUGGAGAAAGCUCAAAAAGGAUCCAUUCUCCAUUGCUUGGCUAAGGUCUUGAGUCUCUUUGAGGAUGAAGAGAAAAGAAAAGAAUCCCUUGAAAUGUUUGAAGAAUCUUCCAAGCAGGGUUGUUUAAACAGCUCCUACCUCCUUUGGGAAAGUAACAGAAAGGCUGCUAUGUCAGACCCUGGCAGAUACCUCCAAAGUCUCAGGAAGUUACGGGACUAUGCAGCAAAGGGCUGCUGGGAAGCACAGAUAGCUUUAGCCAAAGCUUGUGGGAAUGGAAGCCAACUAGGAUUAGAAGCUAAAUCUUCCAGUGAAGUGGUGUCUCAAAUCUUUCAAGCUUCCCUCCCUGUCAGCAAGCAAAGUAUCUUCACUGUGCAGAAAGGAAUGAAUGAAACAAUGAGGUACAUCCUGAUCGAUUGGCUGGUAGAAGUAGCUACCAUGAAAGACUUUUCCAGCCUGUGCCUUCACAUGACAGUGGCGUGCGUGGAUCGUUAUUUGAAACUGAGACCUGUGCCUCGGGCUCGCCUCCAGCUUUUGGGAAUAGCCUGCAUGGUCAUUUGCACACGUUUCAUCAGCAAAGAGAUCUUGACGAUACGGGAAGCUGUGUGGCUAACAGACAACACGUACAAAUAUGAAGACUUGGUCAGAAUGAUGGGUGAGAUCAUUUCUGCCCUAGAAGGAAAGAUAAGGAUACCGACCAUUGUGGACUACAAAGAAGUGCUGUCAAACGUGGUCUCCCUGGAGAGAAGGACCCUUCACCUUUACAGCUUCAUUUGUGAGCUGUCCCUCCUCAACACCAGCCUCUGCGUGUACUCCCCGGCUCAGCUGGCGGCGGCGGCGCUGCUGCUGGCCAGGAUACUGCACAGGCAAGCACACCCCUGGACCAGCCAGCUGUCUGAGUGCACCGGUUUCUCUCUUGAAGACCUGCUGCCCUGUGUGCUGAGCCUCCACCAAAAGUGUUUCCAUGAUGAUGUCCCAAAGGAUUACAGGCAGGUGUCCUUAACUGCAGUGAAACAACGAUUUGAAGACGAGCGUUAUGAAGAAAUAGGCAAAGAAAAGAUGAUGAGUUACAGCCAGCUCUGUGCAUUGUUGGGUGUGAAACAGGAGGACCCAGAGCCCAGUCCCUUACACACAAACGUGGUGGAAAUCCAGACUUUCCUUAGCUCUCCCUCUGGAAAGAGAACGAAAAGGAGGAGGGAAGACAGCAUUCAGGAUGACAGAGGCAGCUUUGUGACUACACCCACAGCAGAGCUUUCCACCCAGGAGGAAAGUCUUCUAGAUAACUUCCUAGACUGGAGUCUAGAUUCCUGCUCUGGUUAUGAAGGCGAUCAGGAAAGUGAAGGCGAGAGAGAUGGAGAUGUGACGGGUCCCAGUGGGAUCCUGGACGUGAUGGUGGUGUAUGUGGACCCGGCGGAGCACUGCUGCCAGGACUCCAGUGAUGAAGACAACGCGGCGCUGGGGUGGGCUGGGCAGGCCGCCUCGCCCAGGGAGGCCAAGCUGCCGGACGACGCUCGCAGCCUCUCAGCCUAUCUCACCCCAAAAAAUCCUAACCUGGAAGGGAGCUCGGGCUACUCUUCCGUCAACAGCGCCAGCCCUACAUCUUCUGUGGAAGGUGGCCUCGGGGAACUUCUCAAACCUACCUCAGUGCUGUCUCUGGGCAGCGCCGUGAACGCGGGGCCCUGCCCGCCCCAGUCCCUGGAAUCAUGUUUACAGUCGGUCUGUGCUGGGCCCAGCGAGGGCAAGUGUGACAGAAGGCAAGUCAAGCGAAAAAACGUGGCAGAACACAGUGAAGAAAGGGUGAACUUGGGCUUCUUAAGCCUCUGAUUUCUUCCUGCUCUUUACUUUUCUCGGGGUCCCGGAAACAGUAUUUCUGUUGUAGUCAUACAGGGAUGAUAGUGAAUAAUUGUCAAUACCUCCAAAACGAGCCCUUCCUCUCAGCCUUGCCUAUGCCUGUCCUCUCAUUCUGUAGCUCACUUCUGGGCCCUUUUCUUCCUUGAUAGCUGUCUUUUUAAAGUACUCCCUAUCGUCUAAUCCUCUGCAAAUUAAGAUUCUUCUCCACAUCAUAGGAAAUUUUAUAGCACAUUUUGUCAUACCUCACCAGUUACUCCUUGGUGAGAGAAAGGAACUUGUCGUGUCCCUUGCUUCGCUGUGAGGCCUGGCACUAUAAAAGAAAGGAACUGACUUUGGAUCUCAAGUUACUGGACGUAACACUAUGCUUGAAUUCUUCCACUUGAUCUUUUUGAGGUUCUGCCUUUUCUUUCUGGCCAGGGACUGUCUGUCUCACUCAGCUGGUGCUUCCCUCUUCCAUGUAUAUGCCAUUUGCUGCACUGAUACAAGGUUUUUAACAUAUACAAUCAAGAGGUAAAUGAAGGCUCACUGCAGGUCUGAGCUUCUUUUUUACCUACCUCUCAGAUGGUUUUUAAACCCCAUUUGCCUCAGGCUCUAACUGCCAUGUUUCCCCUGCCUGAAAAAUCCUCCUCCUGUGCCUUAAUGCUUCACUGCCCAGUACUAGAGUGUCGUGAUCUCUGUGAGCUGCUGGUCUCUGCUGGAACAGUGGCGUUGAACCACCACCUCCAGCUCCAUUUCUUGUCCUGUCUCAAGUCUUCCUUGCUCUUUCCAUGAGCGUCUCCUCGAGUAAAGCACGAAUCACUUGAACACUAGAACCAGGCAGCAAUGCAGAAGGGCAGUCAGUCUGUCCUACUUGAAACCCUGAAUCUCGAAGGGCAGCGUAUGCUUUUCUGAUCAAAAACAAAACCUGUGCUGCUUCAGUAACAGUUUAACCUCAGCUGAGCGAGCCUGGGUUAACGCUCCUUCAGCCUGUGACCGCCAGGAAAACAGCCUUCUCUUCACACCCAGGCAGUGAGUAAUGAAUCAAAGGUACAAGACUUCCAGGAGAUGUCGCUGAAUUUAACACUGGAACUGGACUCCAUGACUCCUCCUUUGUUUAGAACUUACUGGGGCAGAUGGCAACAGUUCAGAUACAUGCAGUGUAGUGACUUUUUUUAUAAAACUUUUUUUAAUAUA